AUGUCGAAGACAUGCCAAAUCAAUCAGGGACCUGCAGAAGCGCCACUCCACUUCUGGACUUUUCCGCCAAACUCCGCCGGGAUUAUGAACUGCCGCGUGCACCCGUUCGAGGAGCAGUCGUUGUCAUCCCUCUUCGCCAGACAGGUUGUGGAAGGAGACGAUUAUUCGUGUGGCCCCGACAGACCCUGCAGAAACGGCGCAUGCUGCCCGAAGAAAACCCUUCAAUGUAAUUAUGGCGAAAAGGACUUUUGCGAAGUCAAGGAUAAUGGUGCCACCGGUGGUUGUCAGUCCAACUGCAAACAACCAGGGCCUAAGGGUAAGGACUUCAAGCAGUUGGAUCGUGUUAUUGGAUACUACGAGGCAUGGCGAUAUAACUCCGAAUGCCAAGGAAUGCCCAUGAAAGACAUACCCAUCAACUCGCUAACCCAUCUUUACUUUUCCUUUGCAUUCAUCACGCCCAACGAGUACAACAUCAUUGGGAUGGACGGCCUGCCAUCCGAACUUUUUAGCAAUUUCACCGACCUGAAGAAAGACAAUCCGAGUCUCAAGAUGAUCAUUGCCAUUGGAGGAUGGACGCACAACGAUCCGGGCCCCCUCCAGAAGGUAUUUAGCGACAUGGUCAGCACAAAGAAAAACCGGUCAACGUUCAUUGAGAACCUGAUGGCUUUCCUCCGUCAAUAUGCGUUUGAUGGUGUUGACUUUGACUGGGAAUACCCUGGUGCUGAGGACAGAGGUGGUGUGCCCAACGACGGCAUCAACUUUACUCAAUUCCUCAAGGAGCUGGAAGCAGCAAAUAAGAAGCAACCGAAAAGGUACAUCGUCUCUUAUACUGCUCCGACAAGCUUCUGGUAUUUGCGCCACUUUGACCUAAAGUCUAUUGAAUAUGUCGACUUCAUCAACGUCAUGUCGUAUGAUUUACACGGGGUCUGGGACAGAGACAACCCAAUUGGAUCUCACAUUUACGGACACACUAAUCUAACUGAGAUGAGUCUGGCGUUUGAUUUGUUUUGGCGAAACGAUGUGCCAGCCGGCAAGCUGAACAUGGGUCUUGGAUUCUACGGCCGAGCCUUCCAGCUUGCCGACCCGGCGUGCAAUAAGCCCGGCUGUGUGUUCAAGGGAGGCGCCAAAAAAGGGGCCUGCAGCGGCGAGUCGGGCAUUCUCAGCUAUCGCGAAAUCAUGGAGGUUAUCAAGACCAAAAAGCUCAAGCCUGUGCAUGACAAAAAGGCCGGCGUCAAGUACAUCACCUGGAACACUGACCAAUGGGUGUCGUACGACGACAAGGAGACGUUUAAGCAGAAGAAGGACCUCGCAAAGAAGCUCGGCCUCGGCGGGUUUCUGAUCUGGGCCAUCGACCAGGACGACGACCAGCUAUCAGCGCUCUCGGCCGUGCUGGACCCCAAGCCGCUGGGUGACUUCCGGUCCGACAAGCCGGACGACAACUGGACAGGCUCGAAUGAGAAGUGCUACGUCUCCAAGUGCGGCAAAGGGUGUAGCCCGGGCGACAUCAAGAUUACGGAGCAAAAGUGCGGCAAGGGCAAGAAGAGCCAGCUCUGCUGCCCGCUCUCGGGCGCCCCCGAUCCAAAAGACUGUACCUGGCGAGGUGGUCCCAAUAUCUGCAACGGGCGCUGUCACGACGACGAGGUCAUGACACAUAUGAGCAAAUGGGGUGGUGGCGCCGACUGCUGGGACGGCAACGCGGCGCAUUGCUGCAAGAGCCCGCUCGGCGAGGAGAAUUCGUGCUACUGGGCCGGUGUCGCCAAGAAGUGCAAGGCCGGUCAUCUGCCGCUGACCUUCUCAGGCACCGUACUCAGCAUCCUUGAUGAUAUUGCCAAGGUGAUCCUCAUGGUCGUCGGCCGUGCCGUUCCCAUUGCAGCGCUCACCGGCCGCGUACUCCUCGAGGUGCUUGAUCAGCUCGACCUCGACACAAACAAGCUGUAUUGCUGUCCCGAGGAUGAUGUCGACCGCUGGAAGAAUUGCGCCUGGUACGGCAAGCCAGGGAGCUGCUUCGACGGCCACUGCCCCGAUAUGAAGUUUGUGCAGCUCACCGACAGCUAUUUCGGCGGCGGCGAGACAUGCGGCGGCCAGUUGUCUCGCGUGCGAACUUUCUGUUGUGAGUCGGCAGGCGAUCCCCUUUUCCUUCCUGUGCCGCUGGAAAACCUGUUUGAGCACCCGCCAGACGGAGACAGUGUCGACACCGAUUUCAGCCUCAAGACGGAUGAUUCAUCAGCUGGCGGUGAUGAUGACCCCAACGAGGCCGCCUUUCAGUUUGUCGUUCUGGCUUCGCCUGACGAGCUGCAAGUAUCGGUCGACAAGCGCGAUGGCUCCCACUGGGAUAUGCCCCCCGGGUGUGGUCCUGGCAAGUAUGCCGUGGCGAAGAGCAUGGAGCCCGCUGACAGUGGUGACCACGUCAAGCUGCUGCCACGCCGUCUAGCCCACCUCGCUCCUCGAAAGCCCACAGUCUACUCACUGACGUUUGACUACGACUUUGGUCGUGUCCCGCGUGAUCUCGGAAGCACCCAGAUGCGCAUCAACUUUAGUAACCAGGACGACUACUGGGAUACAAUUGUCGCUGGGUCCGUGUCCAAGAAGAAGAGAGACCUCACCAAGCGCACGCUCGCCGACGUGGGCGGCAACCACGUCCGGUGGCUCGAAGAGGAGUUUAGGGACGACUAUCACUUUGGCGGACUCGAGACGCGUGACCUGCACGAACGCUGGUUUGGCACGAGCAUUCUGGAGUGGCUCGCGCAGCUCGUCAAACCUGAGAUCAAGCGCGAGUUCUUGCACAGAUAUGAUGACACCCUGACAGCCAAACUCAUUGAUGAGACGUGGUCCUGUUCCAAGGGCGAUAUCAACUACGAAGGCCACUUGCUCGCCCAGGCCCUGCUCAAGAUCAAGGUCGAGUCCAGCUUUGGCUUCACCCUCAUCACGGGUGGGAUGUCGAUCCAGCCGCAGCCGCCGUCGUCGGUGAAGGCUAGUGUCAUGGCCAAGCUGACGGCGGGUGUUUCUACCGAUGCCGUCUGUCCCUUCACUUAUAGCCUCGACGUCGGUGCUCGUCUAUAUGCCAGGAUCCAGGCGCCCAAGGUCUUUGGAUGGCCUGGUGGCCAGUACGAGCUGACGCCCAAGUGGAACAAGGGCAUCAUCGAGGCGGGAACCUGUCCUAAACUGGGCGCCAUCCCGUCCAAGAGAGACCUUGAUCUCGUUGAAGCGGCUGCCCAUCUUUCUACGACCGACAACCCGUCUCAGCAGGGUGACACCAAAGUCGGUGGUCACAACGAACUCGAGCGGCGAUCGGGUCAUCUUGCCAAGAGAGGAAGCGUCCACGGCCCGGUGCUCAGUCUCCCUGUCGGCAAGUUCUUCUGCCCGCCGUCGAGCGACGACAACGAGAACGAAAGCAGCUCCUGCAAAGACGUCAAAGCAGCAUGGGAUCAGGACAAGUACCUUAAUGAAGACUACGAUGGCAUGCGUAGAAGAAAGAGAGAGGCCCUAGAGGAUGAGCUUCUUGACAUGGACGACGAACAAGAUCUGGACAGUGUGGAAGGGGAGAUCCUGGCGCACAUCUUCGGGAGGUCUAUCAGCAAGAAACCCAUCAAGGCCUGCAGCCUCAAGACGACCUUCGACUACCCAACAGACGGCUCUCUCGACGGCGACGCCCUCGUCUAUGGCUGGGAGGAGCCCGACGUCUGCGGGAGCUACGACUGGGGCGGCCCGCUCGACGCCCGUGUCGCCGGUACAUCCUACCACUCGGAGCAUAUCCUCGAGGCGCAAAUGGUAGCGCAGUUUUUCGCGUACAUGGACGAGAAGAUCGACUCAGUCGCGAACCCGGACCCGAACGCCAUCUCCAACAAGAAGAAAAUUUCGUUCUGCGAGUACGUCAACGUCAUGUUCGACAUUGACGCCGUUUCGGCCCCGGGCAUCGACACGGCGCGUGGGUUCGCCGCCACGCUGACGCCGAUCAACCACAUCGCCGCCCAGUUCCCAACGCACCAGUGGAAGACGGAAGAGUACGUCUCACUUGAGGCCGUUAUCAACACACCCGCCAAGGGGAAAGCCUGGGGCACAAACGGCAAUAUCAUCAACACGUCAUCGUGGCUGACGGGCAGGCUGCCGACGGCGGCGGGCGCGAGAGCGAUGCUCAAGGCAAUGCGCUCUCUCGUCGGUUCCCGCGUGUACCACAACGAUGGGACCGUGUUGAGCAUUCUGCGGGCGCAAAAGGCUCGCGUCGGCACCGUCCUCGACUUGCUCGACACGACGCUGUUACCGGCGAACCCGCCGCAAGGGUUCACUGCGUGGCCGCAACAGGGUUACGAUUUACGGGCUGAGUGGGAUGCGUUCAUGAAAGGCGAGUUUCUCCUGAUGCAGACCAAGACGAUGAAGGUCAUUUAUGAGUUUAUUGGGCCUCUGAAGGAGCAGUGGACGGGUGAUGCUGUUCGGCAGGCCAACGAAGACCAGGCGGGGGACAGCACGGCGGCUCUGGCAACCAAGCAAGGGGUCAGGAACCUCAUUGAUGAUAUUGAGGCCAUGGACGACUACCUGGCGACCAUGCCUGCUUGGCAGUCGGCUUUCUGA